UGACAUCAAAGAAAACAAAACACGGUUUAAAAUGAAAAUUAUAAAGCGCGAAAUAGAAACUAACAAUUUGAAACCACACACAUUAGUCGGAAGAUGAAGCUUUGGAAACGCGCCGCCGUAGUUCUCAAAGACGGACCUAGUCUCAUCGCGGCUGAUGACAUUCUCACAGCAGCCGUUGUGAAAGCUACAAGCCACGACGAGCUCUCCAUUGAUACAGAGAGCGCUCAAUUCAUCUACCGUCACGUUCUCUCUAGCCCGUCAAGCCUCAAGCCUCUCGUAAGCUUAAUCUCGUCUCGCGUGAAACGCACGCGAAGCUGGGCGGUUGCUUUAAAAGGCUUAAUGCUAAUGCACGGCUUCUUCCUCUGUAAAUCAACCGUAGCAGAAUCGAUCGGACGGUUACCUUUCGAUCUUUCGAGUUUCGGCGAAGGUAAUUCACGGAUUAUGAGCAAAUCCGGUGGGUUUAAUCUCUUCGUACGUGCUUAUUUCGCGUUUCUUGAUCGAAGAUCGAUUCUGUUUCACGAUGGGAAUCGUCAUCGAUACAACGAAGAAUCAUCGGUUCUGAUUCGACUUGUGAUUAUUCGUAAGAUGCAGAUUAUUGUUGAUUCUUUGAUUAGAAUCAAACCGAUUGGUGAAAACAUGAUGAUACCUGUGAUUAAUGAAGCUAUGGAGAAUGUGGUUAGUGAGAUUAUGGAGAUUUACGGUUGGAUUUGUCGUCGUAUUGCUGAAGUUUUACCUAACGUGCACUCCAAGAUAGGUAAAACAGAGGCAGACUUGGCGUUGAAGAUUGUUGCUAAAUCCAUGAAGCAAGGAGGAGAGCUAAAAAAGUAUUUUGAGUUUUGUAAAGACUUGGGAGUUUCUAAUGCUCAAGAGAUUCCUAAUUUCGUAAGGAUUCCUGAAGCGGAUGUGAUUCAUCUCGAUGAACUCGUAAGGACGGCGAUGGAGUCGUCUGAGGAAAGUGCGGAGAGAACAGAGAUUGCUGAGGAAGAAGAAGAAGAAGAGGAAGAGAUAGAGACGAAGCUUUCUGAUUUGAUAACACUUGAUCAUAAUGAGGAAGCUCCUGCCUCUCCUCCGAGAGUUGUUGUCGUUGAUAUUCCAGACUUAAUUAGCUUUUAACUAUGAUUAUAUUCUGUAUUAAUUUCGAUUGUUGUUAUUGUUCAUAUGGUACACAUUCAAAUUAAUUUCGCGCUUGGGACAAAGCUAUACUUCCUUUAGUUAAUGAUUAUUCAGACAUCAAUUCUAGUAUGUUUUUCAAC